AAGAAAACAAUUAAAACUGUAAAAGACGGAGUAGAGAGCGUUGAGGUGAUUGAAUCAAAACCUGAAAUUACAGAAAUUCUUGAUGUGGAAAUUAAAUCGUCACCAAAGUUAUUAUCUUUAAUGCCACAUACAUCCAUGAUACCUAGUUUUCCCUUAGCAACACAACCCAUUACACAUGUUCACGAUGACACUUCACAAACAAAUGAUAGUAAGAUACAUGUCGAUACACUUUCUUCAUCUCCAGUUUAUAUAGCGGACAGUCAUAUGUCAGAAAAAUUGUUUAAUGACAUUCCAAAAGAAGAAUCAACUGAUCAAUUGGCCGAAUCUCCAGUUAAUGACUUAAUUUAUAAACCCAAAUUGGACAUUAUUGACGAUGCUUCAAAACCCUUGCCUUUAGAUGAUGACAAAAAAAAAUCAUCCAAUGAAGUUGACAUUAGAGAAGCUUUUUCGACAUUAAAACCGAGAAAUAAAAAUUCUACUUCUGAAGAAGAUGAAAUUGUUAGCAUUACAUUUGUACCAAAACAGACUAAACAAAAAGAGGUAAUUGAACAAGAAUUUAGUAUAAAAGCUCAUACGUAUGAGGAAGAAGAAAUUUCCAUGACUGGCAACGUGAAGUUGCAUAGAAAGUCAAUAUUAGAAGAACCGAUAAAACAAUUAAGUAUAAAUGAAAAUGAAGAUGUUCAUUUGCAUCACACUGAUGAAGGUAUGACACCGCAUAACCAAAACAUACUCACUGAAUUGGAAAAUUCCGAAAUUCCUUGUGAARUUUUGGAAAAUCCUGGUGACGAAAAUGCAGAAAAAAUCUUWAAUGAUAGAACAACAAUUGAAAUGCCGGAAGAAAACAAAGAACAAUUAAAAAUUGUUAAUGUCAAGCCUGAAAGAACUAGAACACCAUUAAUAAAGGAUAAUUAUACAGCAGACGAGAUAACUAUUGAAAAACUAGAAUCCAUUGUGAAUGAAGAAGAGCAACCCUUAGAAGAAGUUGAAGUGAAAUUGAAAUCAAAACGUAAACCAUCCCUCAAAAAAGAAACAAAAGAAACAUCACUCGAACAAACAUCAGUUCUUCUUAAACGUCCCAAAAAGAAAGAGGAAACUCCACAAGAACAAAAGACAUCCGGAGAUGUUAUUACGAUUAAACCAAUAAUUGAAAAGCCAGAAGAUGUUCAAGAGGUUACUGAAACAGUGGAUAUUAUAACUAAACCAAUAAGAAAACAUUCUCUCAAGAAAGGAGAUGCAUCAGAUGAGAUAACUAUUGAAAAAUUYGAACCUGUUGUGAAUGAAGAAGAACAGCCCUUAGAAGAAGUUGAAGUGAAAUUGAAAUCAAAACGAAAACCAUCUCUUAAAAAAGAAACAAAAGAAAAAUCUCCCGAACAAACAUCAGUUCUUCUUAAACGUCCCAAAAAGAAAGAGGAAACUCCACAAGAACAAAAGACAUCCGAAGAUGUUAUUACGAUUAAACCAAUAAUUGAAAAGCCAGAAGAUGUUCAAGAGGUUACUGAAACAGUGGAUAUUACAGCUAAACCAAUAAGAAAACAUUCUCUCGAGAAAGGAGAUGCAUCAGAYGAGAUAACUAUUGAAAAAUUUGAACCUGUUGUAAAUGAAGAAGAACAGCCCUUAGAAGAAGUUGAUGUGAAAUUGAAAUCAAAACGUAAACCAUCCCUCAAAAAAGAAACAAAAGAAAAAUCUCCCGAACAAACUUCAGUUCUUCUUAAUCGUCCCAAAAAGAAAGAGGAAAUAGUACAAACUCUCAAUGAUCAUGAAGAAGUUUUCACCUUUAAAAAUACAAUUAAAAAGCCAGAAGUAAUUCAAGACAUAUCUGAAACAGUUGAUGUAAAAAUCGAACAGAAAAAGAAACCUUCAAUUGUGAAAGAAGAAGCGUCUGACAAUAUAACUAUUGAACAAACUGAAACUAUUAUUAAUGAAAAAGAUCAACCUUCAAAAGAUGUCGAUGUUAAGUUAAAAUUAAAACAAAAAACUUCUCUCAUAAAKGAAACAAGAGAGAAAUCUCCUGAUGAAUCUUCUGUUAUUUUUAAACUCCCAAUGAAAAAAGUAGAAAUCCUAAAUGAAAUUGAAAAAGUGUUCAGUGUUAAGCAAACACCCGAAAAAUUAACGCCAUUGAACGAAGAUAUCUCUGAAUCUGUUGAGUUUCAAAUGAAACCAAAACGUAAUACGCCAUUUUAUAAUGUAGAUGAAGGAACUGAGGAAUUAUUUCAAAUAGAAUUGAAACCAAAAAAGAAAUUGCAGGAUAUAAUAAUUUACGAAGAAGAAUCGUUAGAUUUUAAGGUUAAGCGAAAGCCUUCAUUACAGUCUUUCAGUCAAGAUGGAGCUGAGCUGAAAAUAGUUCAAGAAAAAGAUAUUUUCGUGAAGGAUAAUUACACUUUACACGAAGAUAGUCAUGAUGGGGAAAUAAUGUUUGCGAUCCGGUCAUAUAUUGCUGAAAAUGAAGAUGCUUUAGACUUAGUUGAAGGUGAAAAAGUUUAUGUUAUUGAAAGCAAUAAUCAAGAAUGGUGGUUUGUAAAAAAACAUUUAACGGAAGAAAAAGGAUGGGUUCCUUCUAUUUAUUUGAGAGACGAAACCAGCUACAUGCGUUACGUACAAAAGAAAUUACAUGAAAAGAUUGAUAAACUGCCAAUUUUCCAAAGACAUGCUUCAAUUGAAAAACCUUCUGCUCCGCGUUUUGUCGAAAAACUCCAACCCAAACAUGUGCCAGAUGGUGGUACAGUCCAGUUUGAAUGUCAUGUGGAAGGAAAUCCAAGGCCUCAAAUCACAUGGUUUAGACAAACAGCAAUUAUUAAACCCUCUCAAGAUUUCCAAAUAUUUUAUGAUGAAGACAAUGUUGCAACGUUAAUAAUUCGAGAAGUUUUUCCUGAAGAUGCUGGCACGUUUACGUGCGUUGCUAAAAAUGUUGCUGGAUUUGCAUCUAGUACUACAGAGUUAACUGUUGAAGCACCAUUAUCAGAUCACGGUUCUGAUGUAACAGGUCUUUCCAGAAAGAGCAUGUCUAGAGAAUCGUCGUUAGCUGAUAUACUAGAAGGCAUACCACCGACAUUUUCUCGUAAACCUAAAGCUACGUGUGCAUCGGAACACUCCGACGUUACAAUUGAAUGUCGUCUUGUAGCCGUGCCAGAACCAGAUAUAUUCUGGCAUUAUAAUGGUAGAGAAAUUUCAGUCACCGAUUCUAUUAAAGUGAAUACAUACUCAGAUAUGCACUUCUAUGUGAGCAGCAUUAAAAUUAAUGAUGUCCUAAAGACUCAAGAAGGUGUAUACUCUGUAAUAGCAAGAAAUAGAGAGGGAGAGGCUAAAAUGGAUUUGGUUCUCAAAGUUAAAACUGGAUUACCAGAGAAACCACAAAUACUUGAGCCUUUAUACGACAUAACUAUAAAUGAGGGAGAAACUGCAGUUUUGAGUACUCAAAUUAGUGGAGAGCCACAGCCUAUGGUUGAAUGGCUAAAAAACAGUAAGAAAAUAACGGAUAUCAAAACUUUUGUGACCAAAGAUGGCGUUCAUUCAUUAACCAUUGAUAACCCAACUCCACGCGAUUCCGCAAAAUACACUGUUAUCGCUUCAAACCCGCUUGGUAAUGCACAAACUACAUGUUUUCUGGCAGUUGAAGAACUACCUGGUCCACAAGCUCCACUUUUUAUUGAACGUUUCCAAGAACAAACUGUCAAAGAAAAGGGAACGAUUACAUUAAUUGCCAAAGUAACUGGAAAUCCAGUUCCAAUAGUAUCUUGGUUCAGAAAUAAUAAACCGUUACUUGCUUCUUCAAAGAAAAAGGAAGUAUUUGAUGGAGAAAAUAUAGUUUUGGAGAUUGUAAAUGCUGACAGUGAAGAAGACGCCGGUGAUUACAAAUGUGUAGCAUCAAACACAUUUGGUACUGCCACACAUGGUGCAAGGGUGUCGGUUGAUGUACCACAGGUGAAAUUUGUACGAUCAUUGACAGACGUAGAAGUUGAUGAAAAACAAUCAAUUUAUUUGGAAUGUGAAACAUCCCACACAGUUUCUACGAAAUGGCAACUGAAUGGCAAAGACCUCUCUGGAAUGGACCAUAGAGAACUACACCAAGAAGGAAGACUCCAUCGUUUAAUUAUCAAAAAAUCAAGCAUUCUCGAUUCUGGAAAAUACACUUGUCUUGUUAAAGAUCAGUUUACUUCCAGCACAGUGAUAGUUCACGAUGUGAAAGCAGAAUUCAUUAAGAAACUUGAAGAUGUCGAAGUAAAAGAAAAUGAUUGUGCCAUUUUGGAGGUAGAAGUUUCUUCGGAAACAGUAAAUGUUACUUGGCACAAGAACGGUGAAAUGCUUACGGAUGGUAUGAAAAAUAAAAUAUUCUUCGAAAAGGAAGGUCAAACACGUAAGCUAAUUAUUCGAAGCGUAUCUGUUCAUGAUGACGGUGAAUAUACGUGUUCAUUGGGUGAACAAGAAUGCACAGCAGAAAUAAAUGUUAUAGAACUAGCACCGCAAAUAAUAAAAAAACUAAAAGAUCAAAAAGUUGCUACCGGUGAACAAGUGUUAUUUGAAAUCGAAUUAACUAAAGGUGAUGCAUUAGUUAAAUGGACAAAAGAUGGUAAAGAAUUACAGUUAAAUAACAAUGUGAGAUUAACCAUCGAUGGAAAACGACAAAAGUUAGAGAUAGUUAAAGCUACCAAAACAGAUACUGGGGUUUAUGGAUGUCAAGUUCACGAACAAACUUGCACAGCAAAAUUAACCGUCGAAGAACCAAGAGCCAGUUUCAUUAAAAAAUUACCUGAUAUAACACUCGCCGUACAAGGUAGUAAUAUUAAAUUAACAGUUGAGCUUUCCAAGCCUGAUAUACCAGUAAAAUGGCUAAGAUCAGGUAAAAUGAUAAAAGAAUCUGAAAAAUAUGAAAUAAUUUCUGAAGGAGCCGUCCAUACCUUGGUUAUUAAAAAACCUACAACUGAUGACGAAGCAGAAUAUAUAUGUACUGCUGUAAACGUAAAAACAUCAACGAAAUUAAAAGUUGAAGUAAAUGAAGAACCACCUAAAAUAAAUAACCUUCCAAAAGAAUAUCGUUUGAAAAAUGGGGAAGAUCUAAACGUGGAUGUUACAUUUACGUCUACAUCUUUGCCAACAGUAGAAUGGUUUAUCAACKGAAAUAUACUAAUAAAAUCAAAUAGAGUGUCCUAUUCUAUUAAUGAAUCAUCGGCGAGUUUGACCAUUACGAAGGUAGAAGAAKUAGACACUGGUGUCCUAWCAUUGAAAUUAAAAAAUAUUUAUGGCGAAACUACUGCAGAUAUGAACAUUAUUGUUAUUAAGGUGCCUGGUGAACCGGGAAUUCCAGAUAUUAUCGAAGUCACAGACACUUCUGUAACACUUCAUUGGAAACCUCCACAGUUUGAUGGAAAUUCACCUAUUGAAGGUUACGUUGUUGAAUACCACGACAAAGAUGAGUUUAUGGUGUGGCAUAAAGUAAAAGUGACAGAUACUACACACGAAGUAACAAAUUUAGUAACUGGACAUGAAAUAAUGUUCAAAGUGGCUGCAAUAAAUUGUGCUGGAAUAGGACCUACAUCACACAAUACAAAAUAUAUUAAGAUGGCAAGUCCCGGGUCAUUUACUCCACCCGUUAUUCAAGAACCUUUAUCUGACUUAUCAAUUGGAAUGGGUAAAUUGGCAGUGCUCCAAUGUGUAAUUACUGGAAAACCCACGCCGGAUAUUAAAUGGUUUAAGAACAAAAUUGUAUACAAAACUAAGACAACAUCCUUUGAAAACCAUGUGGCUAAGUUAACGAUCACUGAGUGCAGUGAAUCUACAAUAGGUACUUACACCUGUCAAGCGACCAACGGAGCUGGUACUGCGCAGACAUCAUGUAAACUCAGCGUACAAGAUGUUCCUAAAAUUGAAGUCCACGAAUCGGAGAUUUCGCAAAUGAUUAGGGUGCGAAAUCAAUGGAAGGUCAAGGCUACAUACAAGGGUUAUCCGAGGCCAACAAUUUCAUGGCUGAAGAACAAUCAACCGUUAUCGGUGGCUGAUAAACACAUAAGUGUAUACGAUGACGACGAUGAAUGGUCAUCGACAAUAGCUAUUUACUCGGCGGAAAGACCGGACACUGGCGUUUACACAGUAACCGCAUCGAAUGAUGCCGGCACAGCCACGUGCAAUCUGAACCUCAAAGUUAUUGAGCCGGCUAAUGAUGAUAAACCAAGCGCGCCGCAAGGCCCGAUGCGCAUCAAAGAAAUCAACUCAGACUCUGUGACGAUCGAGUGGAAUAAGCCAUCCGAUGACGGUGGUUUGGAAAUAUCGUCAUAUCAGGUUGAAAGAUGCAACGUGGGUAAGAUGGUCUGGUCAAAGGUGGCCGACGUAGAUCACGACGUUUCAGCGUACAGCGUGCAAAAGUUACACGAAGACGCCGAAUACAUGUUUAGGGUUUGUGCUCAAAACGCUGUUGGUGCAUCAGACUUUUUGGACAGCGAACCUGUAACCGUGAAAUGUCGUUACCAUAAACCGUCAGCACCACAAGGUCCUUUGCAGAUCACAGGCGUGACAGAUACAUCGUCGACAAUCGCUUGGUUACCACCUUUCGACAAUGGUGGAAUAGCGAUCGAAGACUAUUGUGUGGAAAUCAAGGAGGUAGACAAAAAAGCUUGGAGRAAGAUUGGUUCCACAAAAGACUUACACAUAAAGUUGUUGGACUUGAAGAAAGGGUCUUCUUACGACGUCAGAAUUACAGCUAGGAAUCAUGUGGGCUACGGAAAACCAUAUCAAUCAGAUGAACCGAUUGUGGCGGGCAAACGCAUAAACUUUAGAAAUGGAAUAUCAGAUGAAACACUAUACGUACUUAUGGGAAUAUUCCCCACCAGACCAAGAGUUUCSGCUUCACCGUCGCCGCCCACAGAACUCACCGUGAGUGACAUUACAAGUAAAAGCGUUACGUUGCAUUGGGGACUACCAGAAAGUAAUGGUGGAUCUGACAUCACAGGUUAUGUGAUUGAAAAGCAGCUGAACACGACAAAUAAGUGGUUCAAAGUAGCCACGCUAGAACCGACCGUAAUGAAGUAUUGCGUAGAAAACUUGAAAGAAAAAUCGGAAUAUUUCUUCAAGAUCUAUGCAGAAAAUUGCAUCGGUCUAAGUCAACCGGUUGAAACUAAAUUAGUCAGUCUGUUAACCCAUGCUACCGUUCCCUCGCCGCCAACUGCUCCGUUGGAAGUUCGGAACCUGAGUAGCAACGCAGUGAUCGUUGAAUGGGGCGUACCAGAAACGGAUGGUGGUGCUCCGCUGCUUGGUUACAACAUAGCUAUUCGGGACGAGAAGAAAACUAUGUGGAUGGAAGUUGGCCGGGUGGAAGCGGAUGUACAAAAAUUCAACAUCAAAGACUUACAGGAGAACCAUAGGUACCAAAUUAGAAUACUGGCCAAAAACGAAGUGGGUAUCAGUGAACCACUGGAAACUGAAGAACCAUACACUGUACAAAAACCGACAGAUUAUUACGAGUCGGACGUUGAAGAAUCGGUAAUGGAGUCCAAACCAUCUCUGACACAAACGUCGGAAACCACAACAUCAUGGCUCAGAGAAAAUAACAUGGACGCAGACAUAUCGUCUUAUUCGAACGCUGCGUUAUUGAAGAGGAGCGAAUACUUUUUCCGCAUUUGGUAUUACGCGAGAACGUUAUUCAAAUAAUAGGCACGCGUCAUUAUUGUUUUUAUUAUUAUAUUUAUAUUAUUACCUAUUUUUAUUAUUACCUAUUAGUUUAUUACCCUUUAUUWUUACCUAUUUUUAUUGUCAAACUAACGUCAACAUAAGAAUAAAGUGGAAAUGUUUCGUACUGAUAUUCCCUGAAUCAAAACGAAACGUUUUCACUAAUUCCUAUGUUAUUAUUUUGUUUUUCUUAAAUGAUUGUGAUAAAAAAAAUUGUUUUUAAUUUUAGCUUAAUAAUUCUCCCCUCCCUUCCAAAUCCAUAUUAUUGGAUCUAACUUGUUUUAAUUUAUAAAUUCAAAUGGUGGUAACUUAACAUAAUGUUAUUUAUAGAUUAAUUCAAGUAGAUAAUAUUAAUAUAAUCCUUUUAA